ACUUCCAAGAUUCAGCCCAUGGAUGCUGGUAUCGUCAGGUCAUUUAAGGUGAGAUACAGGCUUCAUUUUCUCUGAACAGCUUCUGAGCAACCUUGAGAAUGGUAUCGAAAGACCUGAAAGGAUCAACAUCCUCACAAGAAUUAGAAUAGCAGUGCAAGCUUGGGAUGAGGUGAAAGACACAAAUAUCGCCAGCUGCUUCAAAAAAUAUAAAAUGCGCUCAACAAGUGACAGCGACACACCAAACAGCGAUGUCGAUGAUGAUAAUGCUAUCGACCAGCUCAAUGCCACUCUUCAACGGAUGCCAUGUCAGGACUUGAUGUCAGUAACAUUCUUAUUAAAUCAUCUAGAUGAACAGGAGGUGUCAUAUAUACCAACGGACAAGAACAUUGUUGAUGAGAUAAGACAGCCUGUCAGCGAGUCACUGGGAGCAACUGAAGAUGAUGUUGCUGUGCGAUCCGAGUACAGUAUCACUCAAGCAGUGAAGGCUAUGCAGCAAAUGACAUUCUUCCGGCAGCUCCAGGACUGCGACACACAGAAGCUCGUUUCAAUGUGUAAAAAGACAUUGCAAGCUUCUCAAGGUCUAUUGAAGAAACGCGUUUGCCAAACCACUGUACACGGUUCCUUCACAAGAUAGACUGGUCUUCCUAUUUAUGCACAAUAUCUCUGCGUACAGGAAAUAUUUCAUAUGGUCAGGGCCAAAGAAGAGCUUCUUUUACACUCUAUAGAACAUUUUCUUUCAUCAUGAAGUCUCAACCUUGGGACCGAUUGAAUCGUUUCUGUUGUAGAUAAA